GAUCAUAAAUGUAAUGAAGAUAAAAUUUGCCAAUAAGCAUAUAUUGUUAAUAGUCAAAUAUGUAUUUGAUUUGAAUUAUUCUGUGUAGGUUUAUCUAUAAGACAUUGAUAAGUCGUGAUACUAGCGGGAUAACGGGUCCAUUUAAAAAAUGGUCGCAAGUUUUGGAGAUUUAGGAAAGUCGGCCCGUGAUAUUUUUGACAAGAACUUCAGCUUCGGGUAUCUUAACUUUGAGUUCAAAACCAAAACUGAAAAUGAUAUCUCCGUGACAUGUGGUGGCAAACACGACACAAAUGCUGGAAGAGUUUCUGGUUUCUUAGAGUCGAAGUUAAAAGCUGCCCCAGGAGUUCAUUUAAAGACAAGAGUCGAUUCUAAAUGGCUAAUGACAAGUGAAUUAGAAGUCGACAAGAAAUUCCAUGAAGACUUAUCGCAUAAUGUGAUAACUACAAUGGAGCCUGAUUCAGGAGCUAAGUCAUUGUUGCUAAAAAAUAAGUUCAAGAAUGAAUAUUUCAAUGCUAAUGUGGAUAUGAACUUCAAAUCAAAAUAUCCUCUGAUCACUGGAUCACUCGUAUUGCCCAUACCCCAUUAUCCUGCAUUUCGUAUUGGUGCACAAGCCGUGGUUGACAGCGAGAAGUCAGAAAUUAGCAAACACGUUUAUGCAAUCAACUUUAAGCAGUCCGAUGUGCAAGUGCAUGCUACACUCACUGGGCAUUCGGAUGUUGACUUGAGCGUCUUUCAAAAAUUCAAAGACAUGAAACUAGGUUUCCGUGUUGGUUGGCGACCAGACACUCGUGAGACGUCAUUUGGUGCAGCUCUGCGUUAUAAAACCUCUCCUACUGGGAAAGUAAAAGUCAAAAUAGACCAAAAUUGCGUAGUUGGACUGGCUUACAAGCUUAAAUUAAACUCAGAUGCGUGUUUGGCAUUGUGCACUCAAUUUGAUGGGAAGAAUUUGGAGAAUGGAGGUCAAAAAUACGGCAUCAUGUUCAAGUUUGGAUCGUAACAUAGAUAUGGUUGUCUAUCUCUAGGUUUAAUUAUGCUUAGACCGGUGCUUGCACCCCUGUUAGAUUUUAACACUGGUUUAAUUAUACUUGUAAAGUGAUCGACUUGUCUCUGUUCCGAAGUAUAUGAUUAAAUUCAUUCUGUCCUACCAAACGAAACAAAAUGUAGCGACCUUCGUGUUUUGUGUUAUUCGAAUCCUCUGUUGCGCUACGCUGUCUUCCUCAUCUAACUUAAUACGUCAAUUACUAACGUCCUUAGAUGUAUGGUUUCCCUAAAGUCUCACGAAUUGUCCUUCGCGUUAAGCUACACAUAAUUUGAAGUAAAUUAAAAUGCAUUGUGUCCUGGUAGUAUCUCCGAAUUUCAGCUUCCUCGAUGUAGAAAAUCUUUAUUCUAAGAUUACCAAAUAUUUGUGUUACCUUAUUACAUGCAGUUAACUCAUUUCAGAUGCAUAAGCGUAGAAGGCGAUGACGUCAGCUUUUGUUAAGUUUUAUCUAGAUUAAAGUAAUUUGGGACUAAACGCAAUAAUAUACCCUUAUAAAACUUGAAGACGUGGCUAGGCUCCUGUAGGAAUGUAAUAUUUCACUUCUUAAUAACCAGUGUUAUGUUCAUUGUUUAACCUUGAUCCAACAUGUAAGAAUACAUUGAGUGAUACAAUAUCCCAGUACUUGUAAAUUUGAAUGGGCAUAGGUCGGAUUUUAAGAAGCAUAACUAGUGCUUUAAAAGAACGUCUAGAGCUAAGAUGCAUCUUACAGUUAUC